AUGGCUGCUGUCGCCGAGAUAAAUGCUGGACGGAAGGAAAAGGACGACAACGGGAAAGGGAAGGCGGUCUCUCAAAGGAGCACGCGGGCGAUGACUGCGGGGAAGUUGACGUCGGAAGAGAAAGGAAAGAAGGCGGAAGGGGAGAAGGACAAGACGGGCGGCAAGGGUAAGCCGGCGAAGAAGAAGGAGAAGGCGGAGGAGGAGGACGAGGAGGGCGGCGAGGGAGAUAAAGAGCAUGGACGCAGGGGUCAUGGCAUCCGCCGAGACAAGGCUGGCGACGGGCAAGGGUGGGUGGGCGAAAUUAAGGUACACGGACAGAAUCGGUACAUCGGCAAGUCGAGGGAGAAGAUGGAGCUGGCCUACGAGCACGCGAUUGCGUUCGUCGUCUACGACGGCUACGUGAGCAAGGUGCUCAUGAAGGAGCUCACCGUCUUGAACCCGGGGGAGUUGGAUAAAUGGAAGGAGGUGUGGGCGGAGGUGAAGUUGUUGCCCACUGGGAUGUGGACGGUGAUGUGGGCCAAAGGCUUGUGCCAUCCGAGAGCAAGGUUCGACGAUAUACUCGGCAGGUACCGUGGGUACGCGAGUUCGGGUGUUGCGCUUCAUGACGUGCUCUGGCCGGCGAUCUGGUUCCCCAUCAUCGAGGACACGGAGGAAGGCAAGGAAGAGACGACCGCUCUCUUGUCGGCGAUGGUAAAUCGCGUGUCGGUGUGCGCGGCGUAUGGGAAGGUCACGGCGAGCGCGGCGUUUGGGAAGGUCGAUGCGAGCGUGGAGGGGAAGGCGGACGAGAAGGUGGAGAUGGGGGCCCAGGCGUUAGCGGCAUCGGCAUGA